AUGACUUCUUUCAAAGGCGGUAUGCUCAUUACUGGCGCCAACGGUGCUUUGGGCAGAGGCUUCGUAUCCUGUUUCAUCAGGUCGCCAUAUGCGAAAGAUUAUAAAGGUCUUUACGUUGUGCGUAGUCCUGAACGCGCUGCAGAACUCAAGGAGCUACUCGAGAAAGCACCUAAAGACCAUUCCUAUGAAAUCCUCUCGUUGGAUCUCAGCACACUCGCUAGUGUACGAGCAUUCGCUACCAGUCUAAACGCUAGAGUUUCCGGUGGCGAAAUUCCACCCAUCCACGCGUUGGUUCUCAAUGCCGCCACGCAACAGGUUAGCGGGCGUUCUUUUACGAACGAUGGCUUCGAGGUGCAUUUUGGAAUGAACUACUUGGCCAACUUCCUACUCGUCUUGCUUAUUCUGCAUAGUAUGGAUAAGGAACAUGGACGUAUCAUCAACGUUGCCUCGUCGGCUCACGAUCCUCAUCAUUGGGGAACACGAGAUCAUUUCCCUGACGACGUUCGUGACUCGUUAUACACCGAUACCGAGGCGCUGGCUAAGGGGCAUCUUACAAACGAACCGAAGGACAAUUACACAGUCGGCAUGAGACGCUACGGAACAAGCAAGUUGCUAGGUGUAAUGUGGAUAUAUGAGCUUCAGCGCCGGCUCCAAUCCUCCCGGACCUUCUCAAAUAUCUCCUGUAUAAACUUCGACCCCGGCGCCUUGCCAUCCAACUUGACCAGGGACUCCCCAUUGUCCAUAAGAGUUCUCAUCAUCCUAAUGCGCUUCCUUAACCCGAUUCUCCUAUGGCUCAAUCCAAAUGGCUACUUUAGGACGCCGUCCCGAAGUGGCUCAGACCUACUUUUCGCUACCUUUGACGAAGGGAAGUUAGGUGAAAUGCCUCGUGCAUUGUAUGUGGAUGGGACACAAAUUGUAUCGUCGUCGAAGGAAUCUCGAGAUGAGGAGAAGCAAAAGCGAUUGUGGAGGGACACGUUAGGAUAUGCUGACAUCAAAGAUGAAGACACGGGAUUGGAAAAUUGGAAAUAG